UUAAAGGUUGUUGACAAACGGCUGCUUAUGAAAGUUCCUGGGUGGGAACUGUAGUAAUUCCCGUGUAAUGCGGAAUGUUACCAGUCACCCAGGACUGACAUGACCGGUAUAGUAAUAUUUCAUGGUAAAGUUUCAUCGAGUGUUCACUGAGCCCAUGUGACUGUGUGGGGAUACUGCGUAGGUCGUGUUUCUCCACUUCCACACUGAGAUUUAGCUCGCUGGCUAACAGCUACUGAAGCUGAACUACACAUGGUACAAGAGAGGAGGACACAACUGCUGUCAGAGGUGAGGUGAGGUGAGGGGCACUCUCCACACAUUUCACGUGUAUCAAAGUUGAAUACUGGCUUCAUGAUGGCAGAUUGUGGUGAAGUGUUAUUAUAGAAGUCCUGAAAGUCAUGUGAAGUAGUUUUUGGUGACCUGCACGUUGUCUGCGUUGUGAUGGGAUCCACCGUCUUAUCUAACUCUGGUGAUCGUAUCUGACUGUGUCCAGCAGUGACAUGAAUAUGUCAGCAAACCAGGCAUGACAGCAGCCCGCUGAUACUGGAGGGACGAUCAGCAUGAUGGAGGCUCCGGCCAGAAUCACCAACUUCAACUUCUCACAGAAGGGGGAAGACCUGGACCCCUCUGACGAUGCCUCAGGCACCAUGUCCAUUGACAAGCUCUUCCCGGCUCUCUUGGAGUGUUUUGGGAUAACACUGUGUGGAUACAUCGCAGGGAGGGCAAACAUCAUCACAUCCACUCAAGCCAAAGGACUGGGAAAUUUUGUGUCCAAGUUUGCCCUUCCAGCACUGCUAUUCAAGAACAUGGUCCUGCUGGACUUUGCUAAUGUCAUCUGGCCUUUCCUGUGGAGCAUCCUCAUAGCCAAAGUGUGUGUGUUUUUUCUUGUGUGUAUUCUCACACUGAUAGUUUCCAGUCCUGACAAACGCUUCAGCAAGGCUGGGAUUUUCUCAAUCUUCGCCACCCAAAGCAAUGAUUUUGCUUUGGGAUAUCCCAUAGGUAAGUGUAAUACCUAUAAGCCUACCGCACACAUUCACAGCAGCAAAGUAAGUUUUCACAUUCAUCAGAUCACAGUAUAAUUACCCAUUUGUUGCAGUACAAACACAAACAAAAUUACUGCUUUAACCUUCCUUUUCAACAUUGUACUCCUGCAAAAUAAAUUCCCACAGUGAGAAUGUUGGAUGCACAAAACAGUCAUUAUUUUCUACUAAAGCUGGAGGAUUUGCAGAAAUAUAAACAAAAUUCUUCUGUAAAGGAAAUAUACACAGUACAGUCACAGUUGCCAAUGAAAUAUGUGAUGUAUAGUUACUGUGGAUUUACAAUAUAACUACAGGUUUCUUGUACAGACAUAAAAACAUUAGACAGUCUUUACUGGCUGUUGUCUUAAAAAUGAACAAGCCUCCCAAGCAAGUUUGAGCAAAUUACAAUCAACAGCUUAAUUUUAUUUGUAGGCUUUUUACAGGUCAAAUUGAAACACCAACACGGUGAUGAAAAGCACUUAACCAAACAGUAAUACAACACAACUCAUAACACUAAUUCACUCAGGCGUGUAAGUCUGUUUCUCAUGCACACACACACACAGCUGCAGGUAUAUAUGUGAGACAAGAUAAAUGCAAGGCUAUCUAAGCAAUAUGUGUUAUAUCUCUGUGAUUUAGUGCAUUGUUCCACUUUUACAAAGAACACCAGCAUCCAAAGGGCACUUCAAAGAAUAGAGUACAGUACAGUCUGUGACAGAUAAUAUUGCUUUCUUGUGCAGUUCAUAGACUUGUCAAAACAAAGCAGUGCAAUGGAGAAGGAGCCGAGCCCUUCAAAAACAAAUUUGAGAAUCUGCUUGUUAGCUCAAGUUUUCUCAAAUGGUGCGAUUCCCAAAGAGUUUUUGUUUCACUUAAGGGACUAAAUCAACAGUGUCAGUAUCCAUUAAAUCCACAAACUAUCAGAAGUUAAAUUCUCACCCUGCAGCAGUGUAAAGAGAUUACUCAGCCUAGAAAAAAUACAGAAUUUUAUUUAAACCCAAAGCUAAGAUCAAGACAUUUAUUAAGUUUUUUCAACCUUUUUCAUUAUGUGUUUGGGUUUUUAAUUUAUGUCUUGUUUGAUUGUCUUUGUUUGCUGCAUCGUCAACAGUCAGAUUCACAGAAGUUGUUGAUAAUAAGCCACUUUUCUUGAUUUUCAUUCACAGUUGAGGCCCUGUACAAGAGCACAUACCCAGAGUACCUCCAGUACAUCUACCUGGUCGCACCUGUGUCCCUGAUGUUACUAAAUCCUAUUGGCUUUGCCUUCUGUGAGAUCCAGAAGUGGAAGAGCAAGGGACAGCCCCAACAAAGCAAAGUCCUCAUAAUGGGACUUGUAGUUUUGCAGGUCCUGAAGAACCCCAUGGUAUUCAUGGUUGUCAUCGGCCUUGUUGCCCACUUUGUCCUGCACCAGAAGAUUCCUGCAUUCAUGGCCCAGUUUGUGGAUGGUUUGGCGAACUCAUUUGGAGGUGCAGCUCUCUUCUACUUGGGACUGUCCAUGGUGGGCCAGUUAAGAAAAAUGACCCGAUCCACAGGCGUGACACUGAUAUUACUUCUUACAGCUAAACUGUGAGUGGAAAAUCUCUCAUUGUAUGAUUUCUUUCCAAGGUGAUAAAGUGUUAUCAGAUCACAUGUUUUCCAUGACUAUGCAUGUUGUAGGAGUGAACCUGGUCAGCAGCUCAGUACUUUUUCAAGUGCUCCUGACAUGUUGUUUUGACAGUGACUCAGGCCUUUUUUUAGACCACAAGCCUUUUACCUAAAGACCGACAAAUAUAGGUGGUUGUAGAAGGUUAACAGCAAGUGUGUUACAACAAUUUUGAAAGUGCUGCAAUUCCGCACUGUCAACUGAUCUGAUAGUGAUCUUGUAAUGUGACUUUCAGGUUGCUGAUGCCGCUGAUCUGUAAGGACUUGGUGGAUCUGUUGGACAAUACCAACACCAGUGCUUUGAACCACUCAAGCCUCUCCAACUAUGCUUUUCUUUAUGGAGUGUUUCCAACUGCACCAAGUGUGGCCAUUUACGCUGUCUAUUACAACGCAGAGCUUGAAGUUGUGAGUUUUUUACAUCAAGUUGCCAACCUCUUAAUUGCCAUUUAUCCUCAAAGUAGCAUUUUUUAUUUACCUGUGAAAUUAAGAUUUAUCAAUUUUCUAACCUUACAGGUAACCUCUGGGAUGGUGAUCAGCACUUUUCUCUCAGCUCCUAUAAUGUACGUGUCUGCCUGGUUACUCACAAUCCCUUGGAUGGAUCCUCAGCCUUUGAUGAACUCGCUGCAGAAUGUCACCUUUGACAUUAGCAUAGUGAGCUUAGUUGCACUGGUAAGUCGUAAAAACACGCCACAGUGACACGCUGCAUGUUAGCUCAUUUUUGGCUCAUCUGUAGUGACUGUUUUAAAUCGUUAACUUUCUCAGUGCAUGAAAACUGAGAUCAGAGCCAAACAAUAAAACCGGUUUGACCGUCAAUACUGCAAUACUAAUAUUACACACCUCCGCUCCAGCUUGCAUUUAUAUAAUUUUGGUGCAGUAAAGGAAGAUUACAAAAUAAACAAUUCAAAUUUGGACAUACUGAUUAAAUGAACUGAAAUAGCUGUUAGAAAUUACAGAUCUCAGAUCAGCCAUUUAGAGGAUGUCUGGGUGAACAGAUGCUUUUCUGGUUGGUAGAUCUACAUCCUCUUUUAACCUCACUUUAGCGUACAUUUUAGGGAACCUGAAACUAGUGGCUUCAAAACUUAAAACAGAGAUGAAACAUGGUUAGGCAUGUCUACUUUCAAUGGCAGUCUGCUGUAUUAUAUACUUUAUUAAUGUUUUUACCCAUGACUGGAUGACGUCUGAGCGAUGUCAAACAUAAGCUGAAGUUAAUGUGUUCCUUCUGACAGGUGUGGACAAUUGCUGUCAUGUUCUUAAGCAAGAAAUUUAAAAGGCUACCUCAUAUUUUUACUGUCAACCUUUUCUUUGCACAGGUGAGUACACUUUCACAUCCCCUCGAAACAGACACAAUAAGUCGGUCUGCUAAUGAAACCUUCCAUCACUAAACUCCUGUUUUAAUGUUGUCUGUAGCUUGUUACUUGUAUUGGGAUGAUCAUGUGGAACUUUGUGGUCAAAGAGGACAACUUUGUUGGGCAGGUCCUGACUUUCACGCUUCUAUGUGCCUCACUUUACAGCACCUACGUAUGGCCAGGUAUGCUUUGAAUGUAAAAAAAAAUCCUCCCCUCACUUUAACCCCAUGUCAUACUGCAUACAUUUUUCCCUGUGAGCUUUGAAAUCUUGAGUCUAAUAACUCAUUCCUUUCUGCAAAUGUUGAUGUUUCAGGUUUGAUUGCCCUCUCUCUUGUGCUCAUGAAGCAGUAUGAGGAUCUGAAAGUUCCGUCUGGCAUGUUGAUCCUUGCAGGCUGGGGGUGAGUCACUUUGAAGGAGAAUCAACACAGAAAUGAAACUAAAUCUUUUGACUGGUAAACUCAAACCUGUAGCUAAACCAGAGUGCCUGCAGUAAAAUAAAGUUUCACGUGUUGACAGGGAAACUUCCACUGUGGUUUAAUAUAAAUAUCCCAAUAGACAUAAAGAGUUCCUGUUUCAUAAAUAUGCACCUUAAUUUCAGUAAAUUGGUACAUGUUUGACAGCCUUCAUUGUUUAUUUUCAGGGUUCCAGUUGUAGCAACUGCUGUGUUGCUAAUAUCUGGAGAAACCACGCCUGACACAAUAGACUCAUCAUUCUUUUUUGGCAAAACACAGGUAACAGCAUCAGAGGAAAUCAUUCUGUGGUUCCCUGCCUUAUAAAGUGUCUUUUUAAAGCCAUUUUAAAUUGUUUCUACUGCAUGUCUGUAUGUGUUUUCUUUUACAGAUUAUCUGCACCUCAGUAAUUGCAGGCCUCAGCAUACUGUUAGGAGGGGGCUCACUUGUGUGUCUUAGUAGAGGCAGCUGGGCCCAGAAUGAUAAUAUCCAAGACGAAAACUCUACAGAGGUUCUUGUGAGUGAAGUUGUAACAGAAGAUGAGAAUCCGUUUGAGCCUGUGAAUCCAUCAGGGGAGCUUGACAGAGGUACUUUUUAAAUGAAGGUUAUUUUUAUUCAACAUUUUGUUUGAGGAUGUAUUUUUUGAUGACACUAAAUAAAGAAGUGGUAUUACUGCACUUCAGUUAUUUAAGACACACCGCGUGAUUACCUCUGGAACACACAGAAGCUGUUUUGACAACUAUUCGAUGUGUCAAGUGUCAAAGCUCAAGUUGGAAACAGAGGAAGGAGCAGUAUUUAAAAAAACACAAGGUCAACUGUUUCUUAGUUGUUAAAACUGAAGUGUCAAAUAGUCAAUGCAGCCUAUGUCUGUUGUUCAUCCCCUGUGUGGAUUAUCUCCAAUUACACAAGCAGACAAAAAGCUAACACAGUUACAAAACCAAAAAGUAAACAGAGGUGGUGAAACAUGAGCUUAAAAUGGGAUUUCAUCAUCUUUGAACAUUAAAUUUCAGGAUCCUUUUCGUUUCAGUUCCUUAUCAAAAGUAAGCUGUAAAAACAAAAUCAUGCCUUCUGAUGUAAUGAUGCUAUAAAAACACGGGACUUUGACUUCCAAUUCAGCCUCAGGCUACAGUUUAUGUACAAGAAAGUAGAAGAAAGGAGUGCAGUGCUGUGAGGUAGAUACAAACUAGAGGAGUAAGUGUGAGGAGGAAACACCCCAGACAAUAAAUGAUUUUGUAACUUACAGAAUUAACACCACGACUAAGACUUCCCAUUGUACUCCCUGUAAUCAUACCAUGACAGGUUUUGUUUGUGAUAACUGGGGUGUUGUAGGGAAUCAGAUAAAUCUUGAAUUAUAAUUACUCAUUGAGAAAAAGGUUGAAAAGCUUGCUGUUAAGUCAACAGUUGCAUGUUUUAUGUCCAUUCGAAAACAAUGUCAUGUGCAGCUAUUAGUCUUAGUAUUUAUCUUAGCUUUUAUUAGAUAAGCCGUUUGCUUCUGCUUCUCGCUCUUUGCUCGUUACAUCUCUGAUAAGGGGAUUAUUUUAAAAAUAGGGUCAAGAAUCAUUCACUAUCAUCACUCUGUUAUCAGCCUGCCUCACAUGUGACUGUGCAGCGGCCCAGCCCAUGCCCGACAUGAUAAUCAGCGCAAGCAUAAACAACACGGCGACAAGACUCACAGGUAUGAACUUAUUGAAAGGUUCCAGUGACUAACAUAAACAACAACAAAAAAAAAAAACACUGUCAUGUGAUCUUUACGUUUCUUCAAAAUCAGAGUUUUCAUAAUGUUCUCUGCUGCCACCUUCAGGUCAGUGUGAGAACAGCUGUGUUUCCACAGACUGCCUGCUGGUUCAGGCAGAGGAGCUCCAACAGGUCGCAGAUAGACAAGUGGCUCGUCAUGUGAUCUUAUGUCUGCUCUUGACUGUCAGCUUGCUCGCUGUGAGUAAACUACCACCUUUCACUUCUACAGCGACGUGAAGUCCGCCUGCAUUAUUAUAGUUAGUGCAUCACGGGCCUAAUCAGAUAUAAAUGGCUAGACUGUGUCAUUUCCAGCCCCUGUCAUUGGAAGUGGAAAGAAAUUCAUUCAUAAAACUAAAAAAAAAUCAUCAUGCUUGUAUUGAUAUCAGUGCUAGAGGAUCAGACAUGCUAAGUGAGCAUUAAAGUGAAUACCAAUCACUCUUAAUCAAUCAAAGCAGAUAGUUAAAAGGUUUAAAAUAAGGUUGUAAAACCAUAACUGUGUAAGAAUGGUCCUACAUGCUCUCCCCGUGAACAUUUUAAAAAUGAAACCUCCUCUUAUUUCCUGUUCGACAGAAUUUGUCCAGCUGCUUGUGGCUGCUCCUCAACAGUGUUCCUGGUCGACUGUACUUAGAGCUGCAGUUUUUCUGUGCUGUGACCAACUUCGGUCAGGUAGGUCGUCCCACUACUGCAGAAAGACGCUGCAUUUGUUGUUGCAUAGUAAUAUUGUACUAAUCUGUACUCUGUUUUCAGGGUUUUCUCUCAUUUGCUCUGUUUGGUCUGGAUAAGCACUUGAUCAUACUGCCAUUUAAAAAGAGGUAAAGAAGUUCUACGAAACAACAUUACACUCUCUGUUCUGUGUGUGUACUGUGGUUGUAACAUGCACACACUGCAGUGAGCACAAAACAAAAUCCUGUCCAUUUGUAAGUCUUUGUUUUCUGUGGAUGGUGGUUAGAUUCAACAGCCUGUGGAACAGAAGAAAACAAGAAGAGCAGCCACAGACUGACCUAUCUGAAGACAUCAGGAUGACUUGCACCCAGUUCACUAAAUACCACAAAAACCAGUGUGUCCAUGACAUAGUCAAAAAGAGAAGGUGAGCUCACAGACUCUUGCUCAGUGUUGCUCUGGUCAAAUGUCCUAUAUAUAUAUAUAUAUAUGUUUUUCCUGACCCAUAGAGAAAUAACACCUGUGGUCAUACACAUAAUACUCAUAAUUUAUCAAAUGUUUUAACAACUCAUCCCCUGGAGUUUUACUGCAGUGGGCUCUGACUUUUCUUUGUUUUUUUUCUCUGUGCGAACCCCGACAAGCCGCUUCAGACUUUUGAGUGAAUGUCUCCUUUAACUUCCAGGUGUGGGAAGAGGACCAUGGUAGAGUGUUUUCUUGGCUGUGAACUUGUGGAGUGGCUCCAGCAGGUGGGCUUGGCUCGGGAUGCUGGUGAGGCAGUGCUGUACGGAACAAACCUGCAGCAGGGGGGUGUGCUCCAGCACAUCAAUCAGGAGCAUGGCUUCCAAGACAGUCGUCUUUAUUACCGAUUCUUAGUUUAAGACUCAACUUUAGAGUCCUCAUGGGUUUUUACCAAAGAUUUGAGGCAUUUUAAGUUCAGAAAGAAAUGACUAGAAAUACAGCUUAAGUUCAUUCAACAAGGGAAAAAAGAACUGACCUUUCAAGAAUAUCCUCACGUACUUGGAUAAUUGUGUUUGCACUGUUUAGCUCAGCCGUGUUAAAAAGCAAAACACUGUAGUUGUGUGGGAUUGGUCUUAAAGGGAACUAGCAUCGUUUCGAUUUUAUAGUGUCUUAUUUUAAUAGCUUGAAGUUCCUUUAUCAGGGUAAUUGUUGAGAUGUGAGAUGUGGAGCAGCUGGGUCGAUCCCCAUUUACACAAAAGCAGAGUAUUCUGAAUGGCAUUUAAGUCCCUCUUAUGGAGAAGAUGCUACAACAUGCCUUUGAAAGACGGACUGGGAAAUAAGUUUUAUACUUGGUAGUUUCACUUUUACGUUUUGUAUGUUACAUCUUUUUAAUUUAUAUGUCAGAUAGCUUAUUUUUCUUUUGCUGUGUUACACAGUUGUGGUAAAGAGCUGAAUCCUGUAAUCUGCAUGACGCCAGUAAAUCCAACAUUAACAUAAAUGAACUGGAUGAUAGCCAUUACUACCCAAAAAAGAGCCAUAUUAUUAUGAUUUCAAAUGUUUAAACCAGAUGUUGCUGCUUUUUUAAAACUUUGUUUUUAUUUUUAUGCAGUCAGUGUGUGCACUUGGACUCAGAACUGUGUACAUUUUGUGUGAGAAAUACCGCACAGAGAUUUGUCCUCAGAAGACACAGGGUAGAAAUCCAUCUCUGCUGAAUGUACUGUUUCUUAACAAGGACACUCAAGUGUGUCGUAACUCCUCUGACCAAAGAUCAUUAACAAAGGACAAGGGAAAAUUAUGAGUUUACCUUCAUCAGUGUCAAGACUGUUUGACUUCUGUCUGAGUUUGGAGGUUAACCAAUAAUGUAGCAUGAAGCCACUAUGCUUUGAUAAUCUGUAAUAAUACAAUUUAACAAUGAUUUGGAGCAGCUGACACAUGGUUUGGUAAUAUCUGUAGUAUCCAAAUGCAAUAAAUCAGCAAGAUAUUCUAAAGCUAUUCAACAGCUGAAAAAAAUCUGGGUAUCUAUGGCCAUGCUAUAUAUUCAACAACCAAAGCAAACUGGCGCUUUGAACAUAAUAAACAUUAGUAAGAGAUAGCCAUAAUGUGUUUGCAUGGUGUGGCAAUGAAUGUGUGAAAAAACGAGUUUCAGCACUGAGGGAGUGUCAAAGCAUGUAUGUACUUGUAUUUAACUUCACUGACCAAAAACAUUUCCUCCUUUAACACAAGAUUUAAAGUUGAAAAGGACUGCUUUUUUUAUUUCAGAUCAUUGAAAUCAAAUGUUUUACUGUUUUAGUUCAAAUGUUAGAGUUUAUUUUUAAACUUAAUCAUAUUGAAACAGCUGUUUUAACUGGAGUUACCUUUUUAUUUUGUCAAUGGCUGCAAAUAAACAGUAAGUGUUUGAUUUUAAAAAUAAAUUUUAUUGCCAAGCUCAUGAA